AUUUCUAGAGUUAAAAAAAAAAAAGCACUCAAAAUAUUCUUCCUAUUAAAUGCUGGGUUGGAAAUGCAACUUAAUUGUGUCCUUUAUGUUUCCUUAACUCCUAUGUUCAAGUGGGAGGGCAAACAGGAGAAAUCCCAUCUUGCAGACUUCGCCAAAAUGCGCACUUCUAUCGCAAGAGGCCCGGGCCCUCCCACUCUCCCUCCUCCAUCCCCAAAUGCGUUUAAACACAGAGGAGGAAGCGGGGUGCAAAAGAGGGGGGCCCCCAACAGUUGCCACCCCUCGCCUCCGAUCGCGCCCUUUCUCUCCACAGUUAAUUUCUGCGCGAGGUGCACGGCUCAGAACCUUCUUCGGUGUGCAUCUGGAGGUGGAGUACGGGCGGGGGGGGGGGGGUGGGGAGGAGAAGAACUCUUCUCCCACCGAGGGGGGAAAGGGAAGAGGAGGGAAAGGAAGGAAGGGGGCGCAGGAUUACCCGAGGGCCCUCCUACGCUCGCACCAGGAGCGUGCAGGGCCCGAGCGUCCCGCGCUCGGACCACCCUUUCUAGGGCGACGCCGAGCCAGCCGGGGCGCAGCCCACACACCCGCGGGGGCGCCGCGGGGGCGCCGAGACACGAGUCGCCGACCCAGGAAAAAGGGGCUACUCACCGCAGCAAGCCGAGCCCAGCAGCAGCAGCACCACCAGGGGCCACAUCGCGGCCGCCGUGGGGUCGCCGCCGGCGCCGCCGCAGGUGUCUGGAGCAGCCACCGAAGCAGUCACAGGCAGGAUCUGCCGCCACCGCCGUCACAAGCAGGACCGGCCGCCGCCGUCCGUCACUGGCAGGACCCGCCGCCCAGGCUGCCUGGCCGUGCGCACGCGCGCUCCUGCCACCCCCCCCCCCCCCCCGUUCGCUCCCCUCCCACCCUCCCGCUCUCCCGCCGCGCGAUACGCGCACGCGCACUCGCCCCCGCCCCGCCGCCGGGGCUGUUGACGCGAAGCCCUUCGGCUUUGCGGGCUCGAGUCCGCGCUCCGGUCUGCUUCGACGAGGUCUGGAUCCCGCUCCCCCGCAAUGGCACGCGCUGGACUUGCGGGUCACGUCCCGCCACCCUCCACUCCCCACCCCCACGGUGUAUUCGCCAGCCGCCACAGGAGGCUGAGCGUGUGUUCCUACGUUUACCCGGUACCUCCUUGCCCCCGCCCUCUCCGCGGUUCUCCCGUGCCUCUCACACCACCCAGGGCCCCGUGCCCUCCCUGCAACGGUCCUCUUCCGCGCUCUCACUCCCACCGUCACGCUUCAGGAGCGCCGCCUGGCGCUGCGCUCCCCCGACCUGGGCGUCUCCGCCCACACGAGCCCCUCCUGCUGCGUCCUCGCCCGAACCUGUGCCUGCGCCCCCUAAUUGCCGCCUCGGCCCCCCCAUCCCUCAACGCGAGCGCACUCGCGUAGGGGCGUCGCUACGCUUCCGACAGUCUGGGAGCCCGGGGCGCCUCUCUGAGUGUUGGGCGAGGGGGCGGGCCUGUCUGCGGCGAGGUCCCGCUCGCCCUCUUGGGCGCCGCUUCGGUCCACCUGCCCCACAAGCUUUUGUUUCCGGUGCGGUUGUGGGCUCCCCUCGCGCUUUCUCGCCUUGUUCUUUAGUGUGUUUCUCCUCUGAACAGGGUUCCUCCAGCACCUUCCGUCGUGGUGGUAAACAUCUUUAGGUGUGGUUGACGCCAAGCCCCCGGGUUCAGUCAGGCACGGUUGUAAACUGGCUGACACACUCAAGACGUCCCUUCCCAGGAUCCUCAAUUGAGCCUGCUCCAAUAUUCUGUGAUUCCACAACUGUGAGAGAAUAAACAUCUACCCUAGUGGCUUCUGCUGUGAACGCAUUCUUCAGGGAGACCUUCCACGCUGCAUUACUCCAUCUUUCCCAAAUGCAAUUGGUGAUUAUGCUGGCUAGAGAUCAGUUGCUGGGAGGAAGAAACAUCGAAAGGGAGGCAACUGGCAGCUGAAACUAGCAGGGGGAGUUGGAAGAGCAGCUUAAAUCGUGUAUGUGCCCGAGGAGGCUUUAAAGGGCUGGAGGCAAAUUCCUGUGAAUCUUAGUUUCCUGGAGGUUAUUCAUAAUGGAGGGUUGUCAGCCGACCAGGCUAAGAAUAUUCAACUCAUUUUCAGAGAAAAAGCAAAGCGUCAUCUUCAACUUAACCUCUGCUGCUCUCUCAGAAUGCCUACACUUCAGACCCACUCACCCCUGCAUUAGGUACCCCUGGCAGUGUAAGCUGAUUUGGUGGCCCCUGGAGACCCACAGGACAUAGCCAAGGUCUUUGUCAUUAGCUUCUCCAGGCCAUUUCCUCCCUCUUCUCUCUCAUCUCUCCUCACUGGGAGGUAUGUCUUCUGUCUGCCCAAAUUCUUUCUACCCAAGAAGUGGCUCUGUGCCAGUGGGGUUGUUUGCUGCAUGGAGAGCCGGCAAACCACUUUGGGAGUGAGCUGAUAGUAAUAUAUUUAGAAUAUGAGCAUUUAUCAGAAGCAGCAGAUGGAGGCAGCAGAGUGGAGCUCCCAGAACCGAGGGCAGGGAGUGUUUCAUUCAAGUGUAAAGCGCAUGCCAUCUAGACUCGGCUGGCACCAGCUCAUGAAACCAGUGAAGAGAAGGAGGAAAACAAAGAAAGGCCACCUUUGUGCUAGGUUCGAUAGAGGUUACAGCAUUGCCUGACCAAGAAGCUUCGGUGCCUCCAAAGACUGCAUUCUCUCUGGGAUAGGAAGGAAAACCCUUCACAGUUGCUUUCCUUAACAUUUUUUACUUCCCUAAAGCUUAAUAAAAAAAAAAU